ACGACGUUGGUAUCUUUUUUUCUUGUUGGUUUUGUUGCUGUUGAACACUGAAGGCGGUUUUAGCCGUCUCUUGAGGUGUCAUACCGAUCCUGAUGGGGGAGAUACCUGGACGGCAUUACCUUUAAUAUUCGGCGCUCCCAGUCAGUCGGACAUGUUGCCUGGGCAACAGCCAUGGCAACUGGCUCAGAGCCUGGGGCUGUCUGCUGCCUCUCUCUCUCCCUCACAUACACACACACACACACGCAUUUUACAUCAGUUCGUCGCUGGAUGAUGUGGGAGCCGCUGGAGAAUAAAGGGCUCGUACUUUAGAGUGAGGCAGCGCCAGAGCGAAACUCCGUGUGCCGGGCAGAGAGAUAGAGAAAGGGGGAGUGGGCGAAAAGGGAUUGCCUAGCUUUGGCCUGAGCACGGCACACAAGCGAUGGACAGCAUGCAGGAUGCUUCUCCCUGCGCCUCGGGCCAGUGGCUGGCGGCUCUGCUGCUCACUCUCUGCUCCUUGUUGCCCACUUGCCUCCCGGCAGCUCAGAGCGUGGAUUUCCCUUGGCCAGCUGUGGACAACAUCAUGGUGCGGCAGGGAGACACGGCCAUCCUCAGGUGCUAUCUUGAAGAUGCUGCUUCAAAGGGAGCGUGGCUGAACCGGUCCAGCAUCAUUUUUGCAGGGAAUGACAAAUGGUCCGUGGAUCCACGGGUGUCUAUCGCAUCAGGUGGUAAACGGGAAUAUAGUCUGCAGAUUCAGAAAGUAGAAAUCACUGACGAUGGCCCAUAUACCUGCUCAGUCCAGACCCAGCAUAAUCCUAAAACAUCACAAAUGCAUUUGAUAGUACAAGUUCCUCCAAAAAUUUUUGACAUCUCUACCAGUUCUGUCGUGAAUGAAUUCAGCAAUAUCACUCUAUAUUGUCUAGCAAGUGGAAAACCAGAGCCUACCAUAACCUGGAAACAUAUAUCCCCAUCCGCAAAAGAUUUUGACAGUGAAGGCGAGUACCUUGAGAUUAUUGGCAUUACUCGGGACCAGGCUGGCAACUAUGAAUGUCUCGCAAACAACGAUGUGUCGUCUCCAGAUACACGAACAGUCCACAUUACAGUCAACUACCCUCCUGCAAUAAUGGAAAUUAAGAGCCCUGGAAUGGUACUGGGUAAAGGAGGAUUGUUGCGAUGUGAAGCUUUAGCAGUUCCUGCAGCAGCCUUUGAAUGGUACAAAGGAGACAAAAAGUUGGCCUCUGGAAGGCAGGGGAUUCAAAUCAAGAACUUCAGUACCAGAUCAAUUCUCACCGUUACCAACAUUACAGAGGAUCACUAUGGCAACUACACGUGCGUGGCUGCUAAUAAGCUUGGGACAAGUAGUGCUAGUCAUUUUCUACACAUGCCAAGUACAGAGCAUUAUUGGAUCCCCGGCAGUGCUGAAAUUAUUUUAUCCUGGUGGUGCCUGGUGAUGGCAUUAUCCUGUCUGGUCAGCAUAUACUAGCAAAGGAGGAAGUGUGCAAGGUGCAGUGAACAAAAAGAACCACGAAGAAGUUCAAGAAUCUCUUCCAAGUGCUGGGAACUGGAUACAAUCUGGUACAGUUCAUUCACAGAAAAGUGUGAGAAUCAACUAGCAGUACAAACACAGGGAUGUGAACCUUUCCUAGGAUUACUGAUUCUGUAAAUGUCUAAAUUGUAUUCUUUUCAGGUUAUCAUCAAGGUUUAACAUUGAACUCAUUGUCCUCUAUCAUGCUUUGUAGGCUGUGGAAGUUACUUUUUAAGAACAUAUAUUGUAAUAUCUUGCAUAUAAGCUGCAAUGCUUCACAAACUAGGUUAACACCACCUAAGGUGCUGAAUACAUGCAAGAAAAAUAUGGCACUUGCAUGAGAUCUUAUAACCUGCAAUAUGAUUUAAUCUUCAUCAUUGUAGCAUAAGGUCAGCAAGCAUUCAAUGAAAAUGGGUCUCUUGCAUCUAGUUUCAAAAUUUAAAUGGAAUGUUUAAAGUCUGAAAUCAAGGAGGCACUCCAAUUGUUUUGACAAUGGAAAAGACUGACAAGGAAAGCAUCCAUCUCAAAUAAUUACUUUUCAAAAUAUUAGAAUGGAUGCCAAAGGAAUACCUUUUAACAUAUUCCAGCUUUCUUCUAAAAUUCCAUGCAGUUUUAGAAUAAUUUAACAGAGGAAUUUGUGAAAGAAUAGGUCAGUCGUCUGUCAUGUUCCUUUAUUUUUCUCUUUCACUUCACUCCCACACAAGCACCUGAAGUGGCAGUUCAGAUUGGAGAUCUCAUUUAAAGAAAUGGUGUUCACUUAA